AUUUCUGUGCAGUUGGAGUUUAAACUUUGCCACUUGGGUGAGGGCACCACGGAGGAGGAGGAGGUGGCUGGGCUCAGUGUCCGCCCCGCUCCCCUGUGUGCUGAGGGGAUUGAGAAGACAGGACAGCUCCAAGGGAGCGGGAUCUCACACAGCCAUGGCCUCUGGCGUGGGCAGCCUCGACAGUCUCGACCUGCUGGACCUCCUCUUUGACCGCCAGGAUGGGAUUCUCCGUGGUGUGGAGCUGGGGACGCCACCGGGUGCCUGGCACAAGGAUGGGCAUGCCCAGGACAGCGAGGACUUCCUCAGCUCUAUCCUGGGCUCCGGGGACUCAGUGUCGGACUCACCCAGCUGGUCCCCGGCUGCCAGUGACAGCGGGGUCUCUGAGGACCCCCCCUCUGACCAGCUCGACAGCCCCCCCAGGUGCUGUGAUGGGGGUCCCAGCGAGGUCCUGUACCCUUACGCCGGCCCCUGUCGGGGUCUGCCCCUCCCGGGGGGGACUGGGGUCCUGCACCCCGAGGUCUCCAUCGACCUGGACAUGUGGCACCCCGGCUUCUUCCUGGAGGAGAGCCAGGACCUGCCCACGGUCUCCCCACCAGCAUCCUGCACCCUCACCGUGAAGGACCUGCUGCUCUCGGGCAGCUCUGAUGCCGCACGGGGUGACCCCACCACCCAGGGCUGUCACCCAGCUGUGGCCCCCCAGCAGCCACAGGUGCCCACCUCCCUGCUGCGGCAGAGCCAGGGGCAGUUCCAGGAGCUGGUGCUGACUGAGGACGAGAAGAAGCUGCUGGCGAAGGAGGGGGUGUCACUGCCCACACAGCUGCCCCUCACCAAGUACGAGGAGCGGGUGCUGAAGAAGAUCCGGCGGAAGAUCCGGAACAAGCAAUCGGCUCAGGAGAGCCGCAAGAAGAAGAAGGAAUAUAUUGAUGGGCUGGAGAGCCGGAUGUCGGCGUGCACGGCCCAGAACCAGGAGCUGCAGAGGAAAGUCCUGCACCUAGAGAAGCAGAACUCGUCCCUCCUAGAGCAGCUGAAGAAGCUCCAGGCCCUUGUGGUACAGUCAAGCAACAAGGCAGCGCAGACGGGAACCUGCAUCGCGGUCCUGCUGCUGUCUUUCACACUCAUCGUCUUCCCCUCCAUCAGCCCCUUUGCCCCUGGCAAGGCAGAAGCAGAUGGCGACUUCAGACCCGUGCGAGUUUUCUCCAGGUCCCUGCACAAUGCGGCUGCCUCCCGCGUGGCUUACUCACAGCCCCAAGCUGGGGACGAGAAGCUCCCGGAGCCACUUUGGCCAGAGCGCCUGGGUGACGCCCCCGAGACCCUGCACGAAGCUUUCGGUGGCCGCACAUUCACCCCACGCCUGGACAAAGCCCCCCCCCAUAACAGCACGCAGCCACUCACCUCUGAGGGGCUGAGCCACGGGGCCGAGGAUCCAGCGAAUGCUGUGCUGGGGGAUGACACCGUACCGCACCACGGCCUGGCAUCGCUGGCUUGGACCGAGGCCGGCCACAGCAGGCCUGCGGUGCUGGAGCCGGCUGAGGAGCUCUAAGCAGCACCCAGGGACCACGGGGGAUGCAAUGGGGUGGCUCAGCACCUCAUCCCCUAUGGAAUGAGCCCUCGGGGUGACCCCUCUAGGAUCUGCCUCCAGGCACGGGCAGAUGCUGGACCCACUUGGCUUUACUUGUAUCUGUGAACUGGGAAGAUGAGACCGGUUCCCACUGGCCUGACUGGGAGGGAAGGGGCUGCUCCUGCCCCUCAGGUGCAGCAGAAGUUGUGGAAGGGACACGGGGUCGCUCAGGAUGGGGACGAGGGAACUGGAGGGGCCCUGGGCUGGAUGGCUAUUGAUGUUGCAACUGGUUGGUUUUGGUUUUGGUUUGUUUUUUUAAGUUUUAUUUUCAUCUCUAAAUACAAGGUAUUUUGGAAAAAAAUUCACCUGCUUUAAUACGGGAUGAUCCACAAGGUUUCAAGGACCUUUGGGCCAGGGAUCCUGAGGCAACAGGGUCCAAUAGAGCUGGGAGAGGUGGCCAGACCUAGCCUAGGGCUGCCCUGGGAGCAGCGGGCACAGCA